AUCGUGCAUGGGGCGGGCUUCGCGACCUGAGAUCCUCGGUAGAGGCGGGCGGUGACGGGCUUCGUGGCCCGGCCACUGCCGGCGAUGGGUAGGGGCCCGCGGGGACUCCCGCGAAGUUUGGGAGCUACGUGUCCGAAGGGCAGGGGUCCACCUCCCUCCCACUCUCGGCGCCGCACCAGCGCCGGAGGUUCCCAGCAGGUCGUCGCUGGGCCCUCGGAUGUCGCCGGGACUGGGCCUGAACGCGGGGGAGCUCGGCGGCGGACCGGAGGAGCGUGGGAAGGAGGGAGAACUGCGAAGGGGGCGAGUGAUGGAGGGCCACUAGCAACGAGCCAGUCUCCGGCUGGAGUUACAGAGGGGCCAGAAAUAAAGCAGGAGGCGGGGCUGGGGCAGCGCUUGGCCCGACGGAGAAAGAAGACAAAAUCCCGUUGCGCGCUAAAACACCUGUUCUUCUCCAGUCCGGGAGCCCUGUUGGUGAAGGGGCUGGCGGCUUUGCUCUGUUGGGGGUCAUAGACUUCUAGGCACAGCCUGUCAACUAGCGCAUGCAUGGAGGCGUCAGCGGGGACCAAAGCGGUGCAGCUGGCUUAACCCACACAAGCUGGAGUGUAGGCAGGGGGCCAGCAAACAGGCAAACAGGCUCCAGUGGGAGCCCAUCGCUACGGCCCCGGGUGAUUGUGGUUCACUUCGCAGGUGCACGGGCUGGCGCCGUGGUGUGGGUCCCUGCUCAUGCUGUGGGUUGUAGACACAGCUCUCGCUCUCCGUUACAGUCUGACGUAUUAAAGUCAUGCUGGGAUUGUGUCAAGAAUGUGAUUCGGCCCCAGAAGCCUGAGGAUCAAGCUCUUUUUGGUUUAACCGGGGAUUUUUUUUUUUUUCUUUCGUGGAGCUACAAUUUACUCACAUAUAAAAAGGGAAGAAUAGAUCUGAGCUAUGGUUACUCUGGCAGAGAUAAAGGGUUGGAUAAAGUGAUAGCUCUGAUGUGCUGUGGGGUCUUCGCCUAAGAAGGGCUUUAUGAAAAGAAGCUGCAAAGAUGGUGUGGGCACUAGCAGUUCCGCAUUGUGGAAUCUGAUGGGCAACGCCAUGGUGAUGACGCAAUAUAUCCGCCUUACUCCAGAUAUGCAAAGUAAACAGGGUGCCCUCUGGAACCGGGUGCCAUGUUUCCUGAGAGACUGGGAGUUGCAGGUGCACUUCAAAAUCCAUGGGCAAGGGAAGAAGAAUCUACAUGGGGAUGGCUUGGCAAUCUGGUACACAAAGGAUCGGAUGCAGCCAGGGCCUGUGUUUGGAAACAUGGACAAAUUUGUGGGGCUGGGAGUAUUUGUAGACACCUACCCCAAUGAGGAGAAGCAGCAAGAGGCCCAGAAGAGGCGAUAUUCUCCAGGAGUACAGCGGGUGUUCCCCUACAUCUCAGCCAUGGUGAACAAUGGCUCCCUCAGCUAUGAUCAUGAGCGGGAUGGGCGGCCAACAGAGCUGGGGGGCUGUACGGCCAUUGUCCGCAAUCUCCAUUAUGACACCUUCCUUGUGAUUCGCUAUGUCAAGAGGCAUUUAACGGUAAUGAUGGACAUCGAUGGCAAGCAUGAGUGGAGGGACUGCAUUGAGGUGCCCGGGGUCCGCCUGCCCCGGGGCUACUACUUUGGCACCUCCUCCAUCACCGGGGAUCUCUCAGACAACCAUGACAUCGUUUCCCUGAAGUUAUUUGAGCUGACGGUGGAGAGAACCCCAGAAGAGGAGAAGCUUCAUCGAGACGUGUUCUUGCCCUCGGUGGACAACAUGAAGCUGCCUGAGCUGACAGCCCCGCUGCCGCCCCUAAGUGGCCUGGCUCUCUUCCUCAUUGUCUUCUUCUCUCUGGUGUUUUCCGUGUUUGCCAUUGUCAUUGGGAUCAUACUGUACAACAAGUGGCAGGAACAGAGCCGAAAACGUUUCUACUGAGCCCUCCUGCCGCCACCUCCGCUGUGGCUGUCCCCAUGAGGUGUGGGAGGAACAGGCGCUGGCCUGACCACACAGCCCAGUGGUCUUCUCCAUUCUUCAGCAGCCGGUCAGGGACUGUGUUCUGUCACUGGAGCUUUGAGUUCAGGGACACUGUAUUCCCAUGGUCAUCUGUGAGGACCUCUGACUCUGGUUCAGGAAGCCCACCCACCCCAGGGCAAUGCUGCUGUGAUGUGCCUUUCCCUGCAGUCCGUCCACUGGGAGCUCAGAGGGUGGAGAUAGGAUCUCCUGGUAUGAUGCCAAGAUCACAGAAAAGAACUUCAUAACCCAGGAUGCCUUGGUGUUGGACUCAGGACACCCGUGCUUCUCACUUAAAUCUGCAAAGAAUGGAAAACUCCUCAUACCUUCCCGCCAUCCAUUCAUUGGUUUUUGCUUUUGUCUAAGCCUCUGUCCACCUGAGCAGCUCUCCUUGGAAACCUGGGUGGAAACUUCUCCCUCCUUUUACUGUCCUCUUCACAUGCAGCCUGAGAUCGAGAAGACCUUCCAUGCCUGUCUGUCAGAGCCAGGGCUGCAGAACAAACAUGUUGCACUGACCCUCAUUAGGUGUCCGCAGGGAAGGCUUUCUGCUUUGGCCCGCUGCUCUAGCCUUUGCUUGUCCACGUGGAUCCUGGAUCUCUUGGCGUGUUUGUGAUCUUCCCAAUGAGGCCCUUCCAUUCAGCCCUCAGUCUGUUCGGCUGGAAGUUGGUGUGCAAGUCAAGAGAAGCUUGGAAGAUCCCGUGGAUGAGUGGGCUGAACUGUGACACUGACCUGCUCCAGGUUUUGACACCAGAAGCAACAUUUGCUGAGUGACCCGACCACAUGGAGAUGUUUCUGGACCGACUGGAGCCUGCUUAGCUGCAUGUUUUGUGUCUGUCAUGGUCUUUGGAACCCUACUUUGAGUGUUCAAAAUGUAAGAAAACUUCUUUCUUAUAGUCUCGGCCUGGAUACUCCCCAGGAGGAAAUCGGGCUUCUUUUUCUUAAUGGAUAAGUAAGUUGCUGUUCUCGUGUUGCAAAUCUGGGUCAAUAGGCCUUUGUCAUCUGUGCCUGGAAGAGUUCAUUGUCAUUGAGCAAUAGAGCCUGAGUGUCAUCCUCCAGGGAUUAGCCCUUAUUCACUGCCUAUUGGACAAGGGGUCACACACCGCUCCACUCACCCAUCUGCCUAUGAUGAGAUUGGUUGAUAGAGGGCCCAGAGCUGAGCUCUCCUAGCCUGUGCUUCUGUAGCCUAAGGGAGAUUCGUAAAAUGGCUGAUGGAACCCAACACGAGCUUCUGACUGCGUGUUCUUCCUUCUGGGCGUGGGUUUAGGAAGGCUCCAGGCCUUUUUGCUGAGCCCGUCAGUCCUUGCUCUGACUUCCCUCCAUUGUGAAAUCCUCAGCUCAACCCAGAAGGAAAGGAGGGUUGCCUUGGCUGGGUCUGGUCUCUAUCCUCUUGGGCAGGGGUCCUCAAACUUUUUAAACAGGGGGCCAGUUCACUGUCCCUCAGACCGUUGGAGGGCCGGACUAAAAAAAACUAUGAACAAAUUCCUAUGCACACUGCACAUAUCUUAUUUUGAAGUAAAAAAACAAAACGGGAACAAAUACAAUAUUUGUAUUUGCAUGUGGCCCGCGGGUCGUAGUUUGAGGACCCCUGCUCUCGGGCUUGCUUAUAGCCUUCCAGGUGCUUAAUUAGGGCAUCACAGGCAGUAACUCCCCUGCAGGUGGGAUUAGGCGGGCUCUGCCUAACGCCUUCCCACCACAGUAGAGCAGCUCCGAAGUGCCAGGGGACCAACUGAUUGAGCGCUUGGCCUUGGGACCAGGUAGAACUGAAAAAGCAAAUGGUUCUUUUGUCUUCUUUGAGGUCAAGGGGAGAUUGGUCCCUGUGGUGGAGGACCUAGGUGGGCUCCUGAGGGGAAGCAUGUGAGUGUGAAUGCAGAUUUGUCGGUUUUGUGUGAUUUCAGCUCAGGUUCAGGGCCGCCUUCUGACUAGACAUGGGGUGUUCUGUCCUAACUCUUGUAUUUUGUCCUGGAAACAAAUGUUUGCCCCUGUAAAUGGGGCUGGAUGUUGUUCUGGCCACUGCACCGCAGGUGUGUCCUGGAGGAGGGUUCGUGGUGUGGCUCCAGUGGCUCACCCCAUGGGGCCAUUCUCUCUUCACUGCCACCCUUUCCCUCUGUUUCCCUCUGACUUCAGAGCCUCUUCGUGUGGAAGAGACAGAAGAUGGAGGUAGUGCCAAAGGCGACACUGCUUCCUGUCCCUGGGAGUCUUGUCCGAAAGGCUGGCCUUUCAUAUGGUCUUCAACACCCCCUCCCCCCGCCCCCAAAUUACAAAGUGGCUUUGUUACAAAGCUUGUUUAUUUCAGUGGAAAAUUACAGCCUUGCCUUUCUUGAUGGAAGUGGUUUCUCAGCAGAAUGGCCAGAAUAUCCCUAGCCCCUUGCUGUCCUAGAAGAUAGAAAUAAGGAAUUGGCAAGAAGCUCUAGGUUAGGGCUGACGGUGGGCAAAGAAAAGCCAGGCAAACCUGGCCAAAUUAGCCUUGUGGGGCUGGGAGUUCUGGAAAAAUAUGUCGCAGGUGAUUCAUGUGUUCCUGCAGGAGUUUCAGCUGACGGCCUGUUGUAGACUCUAGGGUAGGGCGUGGGGUAGUGAGGUUGGAAGAGCUGGCCUUCCUGGUGUUCAGUGAAUUGAAGAUAUUGGUGAACAUAUUCUUAGGUGCAGUUAGCCGAAGCUCAGGUUUGAUCCAGCUCAUGGCCAAAUAGCCCUGGAGGAAAUAGGCAACAGUCAGCUGAAGGUAGCAACCAGAGGCUCUCUCCAGAGGCAGCCCAAGAGCAACCAGUGCUUCUGUCCCUGUCCCCAGGGGCAUCACUCACCGGAGCUGAGUACAUGAAGCUGAACAGCAUAAGCCCGAUAAUCAAUAUGAUUGACAUGAUUAUGAUUUUAAAGCGGUAGCGUUUCCAGAAAACAUAGCAGAAGUUUCUAAUAGGUGACUGAAACCAUGAGAGCAAGGUGUUGGUGCGCCUGUCCAUGAGCGUUGAGUCCGAGAAUGGAGGACAGAGGGGACCUUCAGAUCAAGUUUUCCAAGGCAAAGACCUUUCUUUUUUGAAAAGCUACUUCUGCCCCAUCUCCCCCUCUCCCCUUGGCUGUUCUCUCCCGACUGUGACAGCAUUGAGCUGAGGUGGUGAGAAGUAACUACCCCUCCACUGUGGCUACUGGCCACCCCCUGGGUAUACGGCCAGGCUCAGCAGCUCGGCUUUCUGAAUAGGGAGCCUUACGGGGGAGGGUGGAGUGUAGGGUAUUGGUUGGGCUCUGACUGGCCACGUCCUGCUGCCCUGAUUAAGGCUUCCUCCUCGGACAGAAUCUCCAGUGUCAUCUUCACUUUACCCUAGAAACACCGCAAGGGGUGGGAGGCUGAGUUAUGGUCGCAGGAACCUCUUCCCAGGACCCACAAAGGGAGAGGGAUUUAGGUACGGCCCCCAGGGAUUUAGAGCCAGUGAUGGGACACAGCAGUCCUGUGCAGUAGACACCUUCCCCAGUUCCUACCGACAAGCGCCACUUGCCGUCCUCGAGGACCUGGCAAGGCCACCAGCCGGUUGCAGUCCUCUUCUUAAAGAGGGAGAAGCGCUUGUGCUGGAGGAGGUGGGGCCACUUGGGGUCAGCAUCCAUCAUCCUGAUGGAGCACAGGCUUGGGUGCUGGGCCGGGAAGGGCAUGUCAGACAGAUCCAGCUCUAGGACCCCUGAGCCAAGAGAGAUGCAGUCGGCACAAAGGAGCUCCCUGUCCUGAGGUCAUAGGCCCAGGCCAGUAGCUCACCUAGGAAGUCAUCACUGGUGAAGAUGUCAUUGUCCCAGAUCUGGAUGAUGAGCCGGGCCGGAAACUUCAUCACCAUGGGGUCUAGGCUCCAUAUGUAGUCCUGAAGGAUGGCAAAGGAGUGUGUCACCGCCACUCCUAGGAGAGUCCCCUUGGCCCUCUGAGGAGCUCACACCUAGCGUGAUGGACUGUCCAGGAAGAGGGCUUCUGCCGAGGCCUCAUUCCAAGUGUUCUGGUGCAAUUGCAAGUCUCUGAAGGGAGGGGCAGGAAGAGAAGCCCACCUCCACGUUCAUUACCUUCACACUCAGGACGCACAUUUGCUCAGCCACCAAGUAGUCCAAGGUGAAGAUGAACCGCCAGUUGAAGAUGCCCUCGCCAGUCAGGGAUUGGUAGUGGAUGUCUGUCUUCUGCAUGUCCUUCUCUAGCCCGAAUAGCCACCUGGGGUCAGAGUCCUCUCACCUGGGCCCAUGUGCACUGUCCCCAGUCCCGAGCUGGAGCCUUUUGGGAAGGGCCGCCCAGUGGACGCCAGGUGCAGUGGAAGUGGGGAGAUGUCACCCCAGGACGAGGAGGACCCACAGGAAAGCUAGAACAGGACUUGGGGAGCUGUGCUGGAGCCCUGCACCUCUGCCUCACCCUUUGACGUAGAUGUCACUCAUCUUCUCGUUACUCAAAUUGACACUCUUCAGGUCCACGUGAGCAGUUUUCCAGAUAAUGCAGCGCAGCUCAUACCUGCGGCCGUGGCACCCUGAGCCUUCGCCAAGGACUCACUGCCCAGCAGCAGCCUCGGUGCGGGAGGCUGGCCUGGGUGGCCACCCUCCAUGCCCACUCACGCUGCACUGGCGGGAAGGGAGUCCCCAGCAUUCCCAGCAGAGGGAAGAUGCCAGCUGCUCGGUACUGGGAACCCUGGUGCCUGCCCCCAGGAAGUGCGCCCACACUCACCUUGUAGGCUGCCUGGGCCUGAUGUUGACUGGGGGGCCAGGAGGUCCCAUUUUCUUGGGGAAGAUGUCCACCCACAUUUGUAUCUUUCCCUGGAGCAGAGAUGGGUUAGCUGGCAGGGGUUCCUAGCCUGUCUUCUGUGCUGGUCUGGGAGCCCUGUUCCAGGUUCUUAGGUCUGUGGAGGCCAUGUUCCCAGCACUGAGAGGUGGGGUACAGUAUCUGAGAUGGAAAGACUUCAGACAGGAAGUCAGGCAACUGCCCAACAGUUUCCCCCUUUUCCUUUUUUUUGGCCUGGAGAAGAUGCAGUCAGGUUGGUAGGUAUGAUGACUUUAAGGCUAAUGGUCAUGGUGCUGGGACGUCUCUUGUAACGAGUUGGAGGGUUAAUGCCAUUUAGCAGGUGAUGCUAGAAGCUUCUAGAAAGCUCAGAAUGGUGUUGGGCUUUUAUUUAUUAGCCAGCUUAGUGGCCCUGAGUCAGAGUAAUCUAGAUUGCCAGGCCAGAUUUCCAGAUUGCUUUAGAAUGUGCAACCACAGCCCGAGGGUAUGAAGCUAUCACAAAGCACUGAGGUCUAAGAGGGAUGACACUGGUGGGGGAAAGGAAGAGGUGGAACUGCCAGCACUGGAAGAAAGAUAAACUUAGUCUUUCAAACUGUCUGACCUCAUUUUUAUUUUGUUUGAAAUUGACCUAAUUUUUUCUUUUGUUUUGAAAACAGGUUGAGUGAGAAUGCUUUUAAAAAAAUGCUGAGUAGAGAACUUUGUCUAGAAUGUGGUAUCAGCUUGAGAAAUGUAGAGUGAAGGGAGCCAUUCUGGUAGCUAGAGGGUGGGUGGUAAUAAGGCCCUUGAGAUUUUUAUUCCUUCUGCCCUGGGUUCCUGCAACUAAUAGCCAAACCAGAUGUGUGAUGUCUGCACAUCAAACCUGGUGCUGCUGCCCUGCCCUCCCUCAGGAGAGACUGAGGCAGGGUUGGCCUUGGCUGCCGGGGCGCCUCAGCACGUCCUACAGUUGACGCACAGCCUCAGUGUCCUGUACAUGACUUUUCCAGCUCUGACCCUCUCCGUUCUAAAUGGUAUCACUGGAACUUCUUGCUUACUAACAUGCAGGCGUGCAUGUCUUCUGCCCCUGCGCAUCUUUGAAAGCCCAGCUUCUCCUUUCCCUCCUGGGCUGUGUCCUAGAUGGGUGUGCCCCUGUCUUCCACUCCAGACCCUCCGGCCUCAUACCUGGUCAAUGCCUGGCUGGCUGCUGCUGUACAGCAUGCGGGUCUCUAGGUGCUCAGGUACCAGCCCCUGGGCGUGCAGGAGGUACAGUGCAAGGCGCUCCUUUUUGGGGCCCAAGUAACGAGCAGUAGGGGGCUGGGGCUCUAGAUUGAAAGGGGCAGGAGGGGAUCCUGAGGUCAGUAGUCUUCCCUUCUCCCAGGUAGGCCCCACCUUCCUCAUGCCCAGCCUGAAUGGUAGCCAUAGUUGCCCUCUGCAGGAGGAAGGAGAAAGAUGUGCCCUCUGGCAGCUCUUCCAUCCUGGAGCCUCCCUGGUUUCUGAGGCCUGGGCCUGUGCUUUCUGGCCACGUGCAGUGCUCACCAAAGCGCUGCAGCUUGAAUUUUUUCCCAUUGUAAAAAACAGAGUCACCAUCAGGGUUGAACAGAGGUGGAAGCAAUCCUUUGCGCUUGGCGUGGUGUUCCAGGAGGAAGCUUGGGGGCACCUGAUCCCGCCACCUAAAGGGUCCUGACCUGUGGGGAUGUGUGGGAGGAAAAGGUGUGGGGCCUGGACAGCUUUUGGCUGCAGGAUGACAGUAGUGGGGGCAGGGAGAGACAGGUUCAGGCCCUGGCUCCCAGCUAUGGGCUCCCUCCUCCACCCUUCUCUAUGCCCUGGCCUUUGGUCAGGCCCGCUCUUACUGGCAGUAUGAUUGGGAGAGCCCACAGCGAGCUCCAAAGCCAGACAGGAGUCGGUUUUCGAGGUCGAUGACUGUGGUGCCAAUCUUAUCAUCAGGUGAAAACAGAUCAAAGUCAUACAGCUCAAUCUCUAGGUCCUUCUCCAGGGGGAUGGUGCAGCUCAGUUCAAACAUCCUGGUGGGAUGGCGUUGGAGCCCACAGAGACCGAGCCCAUGUUACCUACAUGCUUCCCCCCAGCAUCUCUGCCCCUGGGCCGUGCUCCAGCCCCUGGUUUGGUCCUGUGACUGUGGAGAACAGAGCCCGGAGGGCUGUUGUCUGCUAAUAACCAUCACCAUGUGUGGCAGGAAACAAGUGAUAGGCCUGUGGGUGGGACCUGGCUCCCUUCCCAAACAGCAUGUGAGGAUAGAACUGGGCCAUCCACCCGUUCAUCUCCCAUCUGGUGAGCACCUUUAGUGCGUACGGCUCCAUGAUAGGAACUGGGCGGCUAGAAGGGAAUGCAAGUUCUUUACUUCUGGGCUUUCUCCUGGCGCUGCAUGGGUGGGAGUGGAGGAGAGGGUUGGGCAAGUUGGGGCAGCUCACGUGCCAAAGAUGGGAUUCAGGGUGUUAGGCUGGUACAUGUCUCGGUUGCCAAGUUUUGUCUUUCCCAGUUUCAGGAUCACAUAAGGGUCACACUGGGGUUAGGCACAAGUGAGGGAAGGACAGGAAAUGGAGAGUCAGGCCAAGGAGGGCAGGAGUGGGGCAGAAAUGAGCCCCUUGCACCAGACAGAGCUUGUGGGGAGGGGGCAGUCUGGGUGGUAGCAGCCUGAGGGAGCUCUAGGACAUGGGCUUUAGGCAGGUGUGGAAGAUGGGCACUGCAGGUUUGGGCUGCUCAUUACCAGGCCAUUGUAGUCUUGGGGCUGCAGGUUGAGUGCUCGUACCACGUACACCCGCACCAGGCAUUGCUGAGGGAAGUCCUCUUUAUGAGGCCAAACCAAGAACUGGCGGGGGGGCUGGGGGGCUCCUGGGUUCUCAGGAAAGGGGUAGACACGGAAAAGGCCCUGUGUGUGUUUUGGGGAAAUUAGUGUUGACAGCCGGCUCUAUAGAACCCUCUAAGAGGUGCCCUGGCUGAGCUUAGAAGAGUGGGCAUGUAAGGGUAGUAAGGACAAAGGUCAUGUGGUCGGGGAGAGGCAGGCACAGCAGAGAUGCUGUACAGGGACCACUUGUGUUUAGGAGGCACUGGGCAAAGGAAUUGUGCUCGCCAGUCUCUGCUGAUGUGAACUCCCAUCUCAGCCCCAUCCCUUCAGGUCUGAACUUCUCUAAAGCUCCUGGGCCUUGGGAAAGUGCAUAGGCCAUAGCUGGGAUGAGACAGACCUUACCCUUCUGAACCCUGCAUAGGUCAGUCUGCUUCCCCACUUCCAAAAUGGUUUUUCAAGCCCUCCCUGCCCCAUCCUACAAAGAGCAUAUAGAGCCAGGGCUUUUAUUAGAGUCUUCUGUGGACAGAUGGGCAUGAGGAGAAGGGGCAGCUAAGCCAGGCUAGACACCCACCUUGAACUCUCCGACCACAGGGCUGUCUGACUUGGGCUGUUCCUGGUAGAGUUUGAAGGUCUGGCAGAAGUCCUGCAGGCCUUGGAAGGCUGGCACAGCCUCCAGCUCACAGUCAUACACCUGCAGGAGGGCGUGUGGGACCCAGGCUACUGGGGAGCAGGCCCGGGCUUGACCAGAGGGCCUUUCCUGGGAUUGGGGGUUGAGGGACCACCAGCUGCCAGGUCUUGUCCCCAAGCGUCUGCCCACUCAGCCCAGGGCAGCCUUGGUCCCUGAACGGGUGAGGCUGGUAGCCGUGUGGCCUGGAGUGGGGUGGCAAUGAGGAAACCCCCCCCACACCGUGGUUCCCAGAGGAAUCAGGGCUAGGUCUGCUGGCUGCCCAGCAGGUUUUAUUCCACCUCGGCAGUCUCCCUCCUGGGCUUCCAGACCUCCAGGGUGUGGUAGUCUUUGUCCUUGUACUUCGGGGACUUGCCGUCCCCUGUGGCCCAGAACAGCUUGCUCCACCAGUCCACCUCAUACUCGUCUUCAUCCUGAGGAAGAGAGGCAGCUGGCCUUCCUCUGCCCAGGCUCCUGCUCCCCUGCCUCCCAAGCUACCUGGGAUUGCUCCUGGUUCCCCUGGGCUGAGCCCACAUCACCUCGGCUUUGCUGGACUUGAAGCAGAACUUUUCAAUGAGGUCAUCUAGGAGCUGGGAAAGGAGAGGGCGUGAGUCGGGCAGAGCCGGGCACCCCACAGCCCACCCACCACCUGCCUCCUGAGAGGAGUGGGUAGAAGUCAGGGCUGACCGCACACAGGUCUUUCAUUCUGAGUUCGUCAGACAUGGGACUGGGGCAAGGAGGAGGGUGCGCCCAGUUCCUAUUCUCAUUGCCCACAGCUUCAGACUGAACCUGAACAGCAGGACCUCAGGGCCCACCCAGAUCUACUGCCUCAGAGUCUGCUUUUGCGCCAGAGGUCCCAAGGAUUCCUGUGCGUUCAGGUGACAAGCGCUGCUCUAGAGCAGUGGUUCUGAACCCCGAGAGCAUUGUAAUCACGAGGGGGGACGGGGGGGGGGGAUCUUGACAAUAAUGCUGACCCUGCGCCCUGCCCCCAGCAAUUCUGAUGGAGCUGGUCAGUGGCCUGGCUCAGAAUUUUUUAAAACUCAUGGGCAAUUCAAAUAUGCAGUCCAGGUGAGACUCACUGCUUUAGAAUUGUCAUGUACUGUUAGCCUCCCGCAGGUAGCAGAGCCCCUCAGGGACAAGGGCUGGGUCCUGGAAAUAGCGUGGGAGAAGGUGGGGCCUCAAGCCCAUCACUUACCUGGUGCUUGUUCACUGACAACUCUGUGGAGAAAGCAAUCGUGCAUCUCAGGAAGCGGAGGGCUCUGUCCCUCCCUGUGCCUACUUAUUGGUGAGGCCUGGGAAGGGCUAGGAGUAAGGACGUACUUGGAAGCUGUGGGGGCACGUAGUCCGAGGCCCAGGGGUCACAGAAGUAGGGCUGCAGGGAGUCAAUGUUGGCCUGACCCACCAGGGUCUGCUGGCCGAAGUCCUUAUUGUCCACCACCUUCAAUAUGAGGGGCAGCGCGUAGGCCUCCUCCGUGGGCAUGAACUGCAGCCCAGAGAGAGGCCCCGUGAGACCUCGCUUGAGGAGUGGGCUGCCCAGCCCUUGCCCGGGGCCUUCUUACCAGUGUGAGGAAGAGGACCGACUGGGCAAAGUUGGGGUUGGUCUGGAAGUCCCUGAUGGGCUCUGUCUGCCGGGCCUCUUCCCAGCACUCCACCAGCAGCUGGGGGGAAUGCACCUGCUUCAUGUUCCGGAGCCCCCAGACCAGGACCUGCCAGAGAGGGAGGGGUGACAGCACCUCUGUUGGGGGGGGGUCUGUGCUGGCAGUGAUGCGUCAGGGAGCACACAGGGCCAGUGGGCAGUGCUUGUCCUCAGCCUGGAUACUCCUCCCUCCUGAGGGAGGGGCCCUCUGGCCACUGUGACUGUCCUUCACUGCCCUCCACUGCCCUUAGGCAUUGUCUUUCCCUGUCUGGCCUCCCAUCAGUUCUCUGAGGAGGAAGUUCCCGAGGCCCCCACAAGCAGGGGGUACCCAGAUUUCUCAGGUUUCCUAAUGUCAGCUACUCAUUGCUGACUUGUCUUCCAUAGGGCGCCAUGCCAUUCAGUGGCCCACACCCUGUGAUUGCUCUCAGCUGGCAGACACUGAGCACCCAGGAGAUGCCCAGGCCCCUCCUGGUCAGGCCCUCCUCAGGACCAGCCUGGGGCCUCACCUGGGGGGAGAAUCCAGUGCCCGCAGGCCUGACCAUCUUUUGCUCGUUGCCAGGUUUGUGGCGGUUGCAUAGGUUCCCACGUGGGGAUUUCCAUGCUACUCUCAAAGAAAGGAGACUCGUCUGGCCUUGGAGUCAGGGCCUGGCCCAAUUCUGGUCUCCACUGGGCCCAUGUCACUGUCUCUCAAAGCCCCAUUUCCUUCUCUGAGAGCAGCCCUGCCACAGGGGGCAGCACGCGGCUCAGAUGCCACCACGGGUAGGAGUCCCCUGUCUACUCCCUGCAGCAAGUGUGCAAUAAAAUAAUUAAACAUGUCCCCUCA